CAUUUUCUGAUGGUAACAAAUUAUGAGAAAGGAAGUGACGUCAACGAGUUCUUCCUCAUUCAGCAAGACGCGAUGUCAAAAGCGACCGAAUCGGUCCUGACUGAUGGACAGAAAGCGUCUUGGAAAGGCGACCUCCGCAUCUGGAAUGGUGAUCGGAAGUACAUCCCGUACGACGAGCUCAACAUGAGCAUCGAAGACACGAUCCGUAAGAUGGAGAAGCAAACACGCUGCACCAUGGAUAAGGGUACCCCAGAAAACUACAGUACCAAGAACGAGCGUGCACUUCUUUCUCCGGCACAGGGCAUGGAGCGCGUUGUCUCCUACGAGAGGUAUGCAGUUACUACCAGGAACCCCGCCAUCACAUCCGACAGUGUCGUGGAUUGCAAAGGGAAUGUAAAAGCAGGCCUGCCGGCAAACUUUGAAAGCCAGGGUAUAUUUGGAACUGCUUCCACCCUUAUAAAUGAAAUGACACCGGCUCGAGCCGUGGUUGUAGGUCGUGGCAAAAAGGCGGUCGUCGAAGCAGUCGAAACAAUGGUGAUCUUGGCAAUAAUGCUCGUGGUAACAAUGGCAGCAAGGAAGGACAUCAGCAACCUCGCUGUUAAGAAGAUGGACACGAUCGGUCGCGCCGUGAAGACGCACGCAUUGCGGUUGUUAAUAUAG